AUGCGCAACCUCAAAAACGUGCGUCUCCAGGAGACGCGAGUCGAGGGUGACCUUCCCUUGACUGCUACUGCCUGGGACACUUCUUCGGAUUCUAUCGUGUGUACCUUUGGCCCAUCCCAGUACAGCCCGGUCAUCGAGCUCAGAAGGAAGCGCCCUGAGGUCGUUUCCGCGGAGCCGUUAAGCCCCAAUGAGUUUGAGUGCAUUGCAUCUUGGGAUGCACCAUGCCCAUUGCCGGACUUGCCAUGCGAUCGAGUCCUCUCUCUGCACUAUUUUGCGGAUAAUUUGACUGCCUGUCUGGUGCUGGAGGGCGGUGAUAUUAUCAUGGUGCGCGAGGAGCCCCUCGAAGGAGAGGACAAGAUCGAGAUUCUUGGCUCAGUCGAUGUGGGAAUCUCAGCUGCGGCGUGGUCUCCUGAUGAGGAGCUGUUGGCUAUCACAACCAGAGCCAACACUUUCCUGUACAUGACCAGGGAAUUCGAAAAUGUGGCUGAAAUCACCUUCUCCCAGGCUGAUAUGCAGGCUUCGCAACAUGUCUCUGUUGGAUGGGGUAAAAGGGAGACGCAGUUCCAAGGUAAAAGGGCCAAGGCUAUGCGAGACCCUACCGUCCCAGAGAAGGUAGAUGCAGGCAUUCUGAGCGCUUAUGAUGAUGCCAGCACGACAAUUAGCUGGCGCGGUGAUGGAGCUUAUGUUGCUGUGAAUACUGUCGAAGAGGGUGCACGUCGCGUUAUCAGAGUCUACUCCAGAGAAGGCACCUUGGAUAGCGUGAGCGAACCGGUCGAUGGUCUCGAGGGUGCUCUCAGUUGGCGUCCGUCAGGGAACCUCAUUGCAGGAAUUCAACGAUUAGAAGACAGAAUUGAUGUUGUGUUCUUCGAAAGAAACGGUCUUCGCCAUGGCCAAUUUACUCUUCGCUUGACCGAGGAGGAACGCCAAACCUGGGCAUCGCGCAUUCUCUUGUCAUGGAACAUCGACUCCACAGUGCUUGCAGUCCGGUUUACAGACCGAGUUCAGCUUUGGACAACAGGCAAUUACCACUACUAUCUGAAGCAGGAGAUUCCUAUUGCGGUUGACCCCAUGUCAAUGAACCAAUACUCCUUUGAGUGGCACCAAGAAAAGGCUCUGCGGGUUGUUGCUGGGUCAUCUGGCUCUAUUUUGGACAUAGAUUAUGUGUUUGAUAUCCACCAUGGCUCUACUGUGAUUCCAGAUGACGUUGGUGCCGUAGCUGUUAUUGAUGGAAAAAACUUGAAAUUUACUCCACUAAGACUGGCUGGUGUGCCACCUCCCAUGGCCCACAAUGAACUGAAACUAGAGUCCAACGUUGUUGAUGUGGCGUUCAGCAAGUCUGGUAGCCGAAUUGCAGUGCUAAUGCAAUCGAGGUUCUCGAUUUUCCUCUGGUCUCUGAAGAGUCGCCCAGUUCCUAUGCCGAUUCUUGAGUCUAGCUAUCCUUUGUCCGAUGCUGCUGAUAGCAGACCUCGACAAAUCGCCUUCGUGGAUGACAACGAGGUGUAUGUGCUAAAGGACAGUUCGCCAAACACAAGUCAUAUUGAGCAGACCAGCUUGGAGACUCGGGAAACUCGUGUUGUCUAUCAGGCAUCUGAGUCCGAGCAGCUAUCAUCCAUGUUUGCUGGAAUUGGACACCGGGCUUUGUGGUUCUCACACGCGCGUCAGCCCAGUCAUCCUGUUACCUACUCAACUAUCGAGCUGAUUGAGGGUGGUGAGAUUGUUACUCCUUGGGCCGAGGGCCCCAAUGUUGACACUCACUGGGCCAAAGCUGUUUCGAUUUCAGAUACCGAGCGAAUCUUAAUAACGAUGACACGGACCGGUGGUCUGUACGCCAAUAAGCGGGUUCUUGCGAAGAACUGCACCUCCUUCUUGGUGACUCCAUCGCAUCUCUUGUUUACCACAUCUCAACAUUUACUGAAAUUUGUUCAUCUAAACCACGUGGACGAUAUGGAAGUGCCCGAGGAUACCCCGGAAACAGAUGAAAGAUGCAGAAGUCUUGAGCGUGGAUCAAAGCUCGUAUCUGUGAUGCCGUCGGUAUUUGGUGUCGUUCUUCAGGCGCCCCGAGGCAACAUUGAGACUAUCUACCCCCGUGCUCUAGUCUUGGCAGGUAUUCGAACCUUCAUCGACCAGAAGAAAUACCGCUCUGCAUUCUUGGCGUGUCGUAGCCAGAUGGUGGACUUGAACAUUCUCCAUGACUACGCCCCGCAGCAGUUCUUGGAGAACAUCCAGCUUUUUGUUGAGCAGGUCAAGAAAGUUGAAUUCAUCGACGACUUUCUCUCUCGUCUCAGCGAGGAGGAUGUCUCACAAACACUGUACAAAGAUACACUCAAGAUUUCCACGAAUGAGUCUGCCGUUGUUGCUCAGCCAAAUGCUCCCACUGUGCCCGCUCUCAAACCCACCAACAAAGAGGGCAAGAUCAACACUAUCUGCAAUGCUUUCUUGGAGGUUCUGCAAAAUCGCCUGGAUACAAAUCUACAAAACCUGAUCACUGCCCACGUCUGCAAGUCACCACCCGAUCUGGAAGCUGGCUUAGGACUUGUUGCACGUCUAAGGACCGAAAACCCAGAACAGGCCGAUGGUGCUAUUGAGCACAUGUGCUUCUUGACGGAUGCGAACCGUCUCUACUCUCACGCACUUGGAAUUUACGACCUCGAGCUCACUCUUUUGGUUGCCCAACAGGCCCAGAUGGACCCCAGAGAAUAUCUUCCUUUCCUGCGCAAGCUGCAGCAAUUGCCUGAGACUCGCCGUCAAUUUGAGAUUGACAACCACCUUUCCCGCUUCACCAAGGCCCUGAAGCAUCUUUUCACUCUGGGAGCUCAUGAAGAGAUCCUCGGGUAUGUUACCAAGCACGUCUUAUACAGUGAGGCCCUUGAGCUUUACAAAUACCACCCAGAGCAGCAGAAAGAAAUCACGCAUCUCUAUGCCGACUAUCUCUCGGGCGAAUCUAAACACAAGGAUGCCGCAAUUGCCUACGAGUCACUGGAGGUGUAUAGUGAGGCUUAUAAAUCUUACCACCUGGCUCAUAUGUGGCGGGAGUCUCUGUACUGUGCCAUGAUGGCUUCACUGUCCGAGGAAGAGUUGACUGCGCAUAUUAAUGACCUCAUCCUGACUCUUGAAGAGGCUCGCGACUUUGUGUCUGCAGCAACUGUCCACGCGGAUCACCUGCAUGACAUUGAAACAGCUGCGCAGCUUCUGUGCCGGGGCUCGAAGUUUGCCGAUGCCGCCCGUCUGCUGACGCUGCACGGCAAGAAGGACCUGGUCGCAGGAAUCGUCGACACCGGACUGGCGGAGGCAAUGGGCUCAAUGACCGAUCUGCUCGCCGACUGCAAAUCCCAGCUCAAUGCCCAGGUGCCUCGUGUCCGCGAAUUGCGCCUGCUUCGCGCUGCAGACCCUCUGGCCUUCUACGGAGGUGACCCUACAGGUGGCGAAGGUGGUAUCGAUAUCCCCGAUAACGUUUCCCUAGCCCCCACGGAAGCGACAACACUGGCCGGACGCACCAUGUUUACGCGCUAUACCGGGAAGACUUCAUCCUCCCGUCACACCUCCAAGACUCGUCGCCGUGAAGAGCGUAAACGAGCCAAGGGUAAGAAGGGUACGGUCUACGAGGAGGAAUACUUGGUUAAUAGUAUCCGACGACUCAUGGAACGAGUCAACUCCGCUGUCAACGAGGCAGAGGCACUUGUGGAUGCCCUGCUGCGUCGUGGCAUGCGCGAACGUGCAGCUGCCGUCGAGAAAGCACUGGAAGAUGUGUUGAAGAUGUGCGCAGAUUGCCGCGAGGACGUGUUUGAAAUUGCGGCUGCGCCACCAAAGAAGGACGAGGACGAAGAUGACGAGGGACCGGAAAUCCAGAUUACUUCCGGGUCUCGCGUUCUUGAGGAAAGUAUGGCAGCGAUCGCCACAGGUGGGGUUGCCCGGAAAGAGGCGCCUGUUGUGAAGGUGAUUAAAAAGUCUUCCUUGCUGGCUUAG